AUGACUAUCCUGGAGUUAGAGAUUUCGAAUCCUCCUUGCACAUUCUUUGAUGAAGAGGAAAAAAAAGGGGGGGAUCAUGGAGACCGUGAAAUCCGAUACUUCAAGGCGCUCCCCAUGACCCACGCGCUUUCAAGCCCCAUUCGUGGCCGCUUUCUUAGGCUGGCUGCUCACGAUGUCCCCAACUGGCGCUAUCAGCAUGCAAGUAAGAGGAGACAUAUCGUCAGUAUGAAUAGGGAACUAAGCUCAGAGCCGUAUCUGCUUGUCAUGCUGCUUACGUCGCAUGAGACAUAUCUGCCAAAGUGUUAUGAUUUUUUAAUUUUCUUCCCGGUCCUGCAACUGGCAUGUUGUGAAAGGCGCUAG